CCCAAGGAUCCAUUGAACUGGACAUGGACAAAGAAACAUCUCGUGUUUGCCUCUCUACUUCUACCAUCUUUUCUAGCAGAUUUUGGCACGACCUAUAGUACUGUUGCGUUCCAGGCGCAGUCUGUCACGUAUAAAAUGACGGUGCCGGCGGUAGCGAACUCGAUCUCCGGAGGCAUUUUCAUGCAAGGCCCGGGUGGCCCAAUCGCAGUGCCGUUUACGCAGCGAUACGGACGCCUCCCAGUACUAUUCUGGUCCCAAGUAUUGACUUGUGCCAUGGUGGUCGGAGCAGCUCUUUCCCCAACCUACGCAUCUUUUACGGCAUUUCGCACUCUUCAAGGUCUUUUUAACACUCCUCCUCAAGUCAUCGGCUUGACUUUUGUCUACGACAUGUUCUUCUUCCACGAACGUGCCCGCAAGAUCAACAUCUGGGCAUUCUGCGUCAUCCUCGGACCGUGUAUUGGUCCUUUCGUCUCCUCCUUGUUACUGACCAAGCUCGGAUGGCGACAGGACUUCGGCAUCAUGGCAGCCCUAUACUUCCUCUCGCAGGUGAUUGUGAUCACAUUUGGUGACGAGACUCUCUACAACCGCUCCCAUCCAGAGCCACGGCCAUCGAAAGGAGUGUGGAGCCGAAUCAAGCUUCUGACCGGCAUCCACGGCGCCCAGCAAGCUGGACGCCCUACCCUAGUGCGCGUUAUCAAGGACAUCGCCCUCGUUCAUACACGGCCCCAUAUCGUGCUCACCACCACCGGCUUCAUGAUGAUCAUCUUCAUGUGGGGCAUCGGCGUCUUCACCACCAUCCCUCAAUUCCUUGCGAUGCCCCCCUACUCCUUCACCAACUUGCAAACCGGCCUGAUGUACCUCUCCCCUGCCCUCGGUGCCAUCUUUGGCGAGAUCUGGGGCCACUGGUUCAAUGACUUCAAUGCCCUCCUGUACAUCAAGCACCACUGGGCUCGUACCGUGCCGAAAACCGGCUAUGGGGCGUCUACCUCGGCGCCAUCCUCGGCCCGGCGGCUCUGAUACUCUUCAGACAAACCCUGCAAAAUCGACUGCACUGGGUUGUGCUCGCUGUAGCGUGGUGCUUGUAUAUGUUUGGGCAGAUGAGCGUGACAGCGGCAGUGACGUCGUACUGUUUGGAUACGUGUCCAACACAUUCGGCGAUUGUGGCAGGGAUAAUUAAUAUGUGGCGGACGACGGGUGGAUUCUGUGUAGUGUAUUUUCAGUUGAAGUGGGUGGCAAGGAAUGGGGCCGGUGUGAGCUUUGGGGUGCAGGCGGGGGUAUUGAUGGCGAGUUUUGGGAGCAUUGUUGCUGUUCAGAUUUGAGGGAAGAAGUGGAGGGGGAAGUAUCCGGUGCCUGCGGCAAAGUAUUAAAGAAGUAGAGUUGACGGGAAGAGGGGGAUAGGAUGACUGAG